ACAAACUAAACUAUCUCUCAAGAAAAUAAAACAACCCCAUCAAACAAAAAUUCUAUUUCUGUUCUCAUGGAGAUUAAUACUCAAGAUUUUUCAUCUAUUAGUUGUGAAAUACAAAUCAUAAGAGGAAGAAACAUAGAACAAAUAAGUUCAUUAGGAAAAAGCAACUUGUUUGUUAGAUGCUAUCUUCCAACAGGAAACAACAACCAAAGAGUUAAACUAAACAGUCAAGAAAUCUCAUCAAAAUCAGACUUGUUUUGGGAUGAAUCUUUCUCAUUGGAAUGCAUGGGAAAUCAAGACUCCAUUAACAUGAUGAAGCAAGGAACAGUCAUUUUCGAGCUCCGGUCAAGAAAAUAUCUACCAAUUUUUGGGAAAAAUAUUGGUGGCUCACAACUCUUGGGGACAGUUGAAAUUCCAUGGAAAAGAGUAUUUGAGUCAACAGAAAUGGAGAUAGAGGAGUGGGAAAUAUUCAUGGCUACUUCAAAGAAUGUUAAUGAAGAUGUGAAGCCUCCAGCAGUGAAGAUAGCAAUGAAGGUUAAAGUAAAUGAGACAACAAAAGUUAAUAAGUUGAGAAGAUCAUGGGAUGAGUCAUGUGCUUGCAAGGGUUAUUGUGGAUGUAAUAGUAAUAGUAUUUUUAGUGCUGAUGAUUAUGAAAUAUUUGCACUUGGAGCUGCUUUAGAUGCCCUUUAGUUUAAGGUCAAAAAUGGGCAAAGCACUAAGGUGCUCUCAUGGAUUAAAUUAGUUAUUUGAGUGACCUAGACUAAUUCUUGAAUUAAUUAGUUACAUUCUUGUAUGUUUUGUAGUUUUGAGAAAUUAAAUUUCAUGGUCUUGAUAGAAUACGAAGAUUUU